AUGGUCACUGAUUCGUUCUACACUUUUCAAGAGUCCGUUGGUCGUGCAGGGCCUGGAACACGCGAUCGUCAACCUCGAUUCCGCCGUUGGGAUGGUGGGCGCCUCGUUUUCUCGCAACCGGUCUUGCGUCUCUCAAGUUUCAUACUGUCGCUUUUUCUACCUACACUACCGGUAGAGAUGGCGGACUUUGGAUUUGAGGAGUUAAAACAAGGCAAAUCGGCCCCUCUGCCUCUCUUGGCCUGUCAAAAACCAGCAGCUGUCGGACAGGGGCAACCCGAGUCAUUUUCCAUCACACGCUGGAGCGACAAUCCUUGGCCUAUGACAUCCGCAUCGAGCCAACUCGUCGCUCAACCCGGGAAACCGCAACAUGACGGACCGAAAUGGCGAACCCAGACAUCACGGGUGCCUCCCAUGCUCUAUACUAGACCGACUGACAAAAGGUUGCUCAUCUGCUUCCUGAGGCAGGGAUUGAGGCCACCAAAGGUCAGAUUCAGGCCUCGACCAAGACCUGCCGGACCUGACACAGGAGGAACCCGAGCCAACGGCGCGCUUCUUCGGCUGUCCUUCGCAAACACACACUCUUCCACUCCGCGACGGCCUGCGCACUUUGAACUUGCCAUCAGCCUCCUUGUAAUACCGCUUGCCCUAUGGCCGCAAACCCCUCCGGCCAUGGGCUCAUCUGACCUCGACUGA